AUUCCGAUUCAAAAAUUUAAAACUCUCACUCCCACUCGCACUCCCACUUACAGUAAGAACCAUCCUGCAACCUUCUUCUUCGUCUUCCUCUGUUCUAUUCUAUUUUAUAUAUAAAUUUACUCUGUCUUCUGCUUUUUCUUCUACCUUGAGAUCUUCACCUCAUUUCCCUCAAUUUCUCAUUUUUCUCUAAAAGACACUGAAAUUAAUGGAAGUUUUGGUUCUUCCUUUUCCAUACCCAUUCUCCGCUGUGCUUUAAAUGCUCCACCCUCCACUCCAGUACUACUCAUCCAUGUCUCCUUAAUUGCUACUUUUUUCCUCUCUCAUCGUUCUUUACAAAUUCAAAAUCCUCUGUUUCUCUCUCUCUAGUUUUCGAUUUUGUUUGAUUUCGUUUUUGAAUUGAUUAUGGCGCUGGCGUCUUCUUCUGAUUGGAGCCUCGUGGCGGCGAAAUCUAGGUCGCUCAUGCUCAAGGAUUAUCUUCGAGAUGAAAUCGGCUCUUCUUCCUCUAAUGGCUGUGGAAAUCGUUUCAGGAAUUUCUCGACGAGAAAGAACCGCCGUCGCCUCGUCAUCAGAAUCGCUCCGACUCCGCCGCCUGCACCGCCAUUGCCGUCGCCGGUAGAAACUCGAUCAGUUCUUGCAGUAACAGCAACAGUUGGACGGAGAGCGAAUUCGCUUCGGAGAUGAUACCGUCUUCCAGCGGUAAUUCCGAGAGUUCCAGCGAAAACGACGCCGUCAAAGAUGUUAAGGAUUCGCCUGAAAAUUUCAUCGGCAAAAGAGAAGGCGUAACGUUCGGAAAAGAUUCCAUGGAGGAAACAACCGCCGACGCCGCAACUACCACUGCCUAUCGGGAGGAAAUCGUUAAGGAGCAAUGGCGGAGUGAGGAAGAGAAAGAACAGUUCAGUCCAGUUUCGGUGUUGGAUUUUCCUUUCGAUGACGAAGAUCAACACAUCUCCUCAUCUUUCAACUGCAAUCUUCACCUCAUCGAAGGGAAGAAGCAGAAGAAUCCGCCGAAGACGAGGCGAUUCGAGAACGGAGCCGAAUUGGAACCACUGGACCUGAAGAAGCGAUUCGCAGAUUUAGGGCUUCGCCGCGAUUUCUGCUUGAUAUCAAAAACAGAGCACCAGAGGGAGGAGAGGGCGUUGGAAAUUCUGAAUCUCGUCAAAUCGAGGAUCAAAUCGGAAUGCUUCAUAGUCAGAACGGAGAAUCUGCUGCUUGAUUUCUUCCACGAGAAGCUCGAGGAGAUCGAAUCGACGGCGGAUGAGAGCGGAUGCCGAAGAGGAGGUGAUUUUGAGUUUGAGUUUAAGGCAGAGGUUUUGAAAUUGACGGAAGAUUGGAUCGACGGAGGAACGGCGUUGAUGACGACGGGAUGGGAGGUGGCGGAGGGGCGGAGUUUGUACGUUAAUGAAAUGGAGAAGGCCGGAAAGUGGAGAAGUUUCGCCGGAGAAAAGGAAGAAUUGGCGUCGGAGUUGGAAGCUGAGGUUUGGAUUUCCUUGCUCCACGAGCUAUUAAUUGACCUCUGCUAGCUUCGAUUUAUUUAUUUUCUCUCAUUUAAAAAAAAAAAAGUUCGUAGCUAAUUAGCAGCCAAAUCUACUUGUUAAUAAUGGAUUAAAAAAAAAGCCUAAAAUUUUAGUUGAAUUGAAAUUAUUAUCACUCAUAUUAGGGCGGCAAGUAGGUUUGGCUACUGACUAGUUUUUGAGCUUUGAAGUUAUAUAUUUCAUAAUUCUCUAUGAAAUUGGUGCCUAAACUGCGUACUGUAUUUGCAAAUUUUGUUGCAUGAAAAGUGAAAAUGGUAAUUGUUUUUCCCUCGUA